GUGGCGUACGGCGGGUAGGAGGCGGGGGUAGGGCGGGAGCCGAGAAGUUAAGUAAGGAGCGCGCGCCGGCCGCCGGCAGUUCCCCGGCCCGAAAGAGCGAGCGCGGCUGCGGGCGCGCGGGGAGCAGAGGCGGUGGCGGGCGGCGGCGGCACCGGGAGCCGCCAAGUGCCCCUCCCCGCCCCUCCGGCCCCCCACCCAGCCACCCACCCGCCCGCGGCCAGCGCCCAUGGCCGCGCGCGCCCCGCGCAGCCCCCUGGACUCCGCGCCCUGCGCCGCCGCCCAGUCCGCAGAUCCGCGCCACCGCGGCCAGUCUCACCUGGCGGCACCGCCCGCCCGCCACCCCGGCCACAGCCCCAGCGCCCACGGCAACAGCCGCGGCGACUGCGACAGUGGUGGAGGACACUGCUGAAUCGAAGAGAGCGCAGCGCGGCUACCGGACUUACUCGCCUUGCUGAUUGUCUUUUUUUUAGGAGUUUACAACUUUUCUAAGAACUUUUGUAUACAAAGGAACUUUUUUAAAAAGGCAUCUCCCAUUUAUAUUUAAUCCAAAGAAGAAGGAUCUCGGGCAAUUUGGGGUUUUUGGUUUUUGCUUCGAUUCUAAGUCCUUUUUUUCCCCCCUCUUCGUUGACUUUGGGGCUAGUGUACCCCCACUGCUUCGGGCUCCCGAGGACCUUCUGGGCCCCCACAUUAAUGAGGCAGCCACCUGGUGAGUCUGACAUGGCUGUCAGCGACGCACUACUCCCGUCCUUCUCCACGUUCGCGUCCGGCCCGGCGGGAAGGGAGAAGACACUGCGUCCAGCAGGUGCCCCGAAUAACCGCUGGCGGGAGGAGCUCUCCCACAUGAAGCGACUUCCCCCCGUGCUUCCCGGCCGCCCCUACGACCUGGCGGCGGCGACCGUGGCCACCGACCUGGAAAGUGGCGGAGUCGGUGCGGCUUGCGGCGGCAACAACCCAGCUCUCCUACCCCGGAGGGAGACGGAGGAGUUCAACGAUCUCCUGGACCUGGACUUUAUCCUCUCCAACUCACUGUCCCAUCAGGAGUCAGUGGCCGCCACCGUGUCCUCGUCGGCAUCAGCCUCAUCCUCGUCCUCGCCGUCGAGCAGCGGUCCUGCCAGUGCGCCCUCCACCUGCAGCUUCAGCUAUCCGAUCCGGGCUGGAGGCGACCCGGGCGUGGCGCCAGGCAGCACGGGCGGCGGCCUCCUCUAUGGCCGGGAGUCUGUGCCUCCUCCCACAGCUCCCUUCAACCUGGCGGACAUCAACGACGUGAGCCCCUCGGGCGGCUUCGUGGCUGAGCUCCUUCGGCCUGAAUUGGACCCAGUGUAUAUUCCGCCGCAGCAGCCGCAGCCGCCAGGUGGCGGGCUGAUGGGCAAGUUUGUGUUGAAGGCGUCGCUGAGUGCCCCUGGCAGCGAGUACGGCAGCCCGUCGGUCAUCAGUGUUAGCAAAGGCAGUCCGGACGGCAGCCACCCGGUCGUAGUGGCGCCCUACAGUGGCGGGCCACCGCGCAUGUGCCCCAAGAUCAAGCAGGAGGCGGUCUCGUCAUGCACCGUUGGUCGGCCCCUAGAGGCCCACAUGGGCACUGGACCCCCUCUCAGCAAUGGCCACCGGCCGCCAGCCCACGACUUCCCCCUGGGGCGGCAGCUCCCCAGCAGGACUACCCCGACCCUGGGUGCCGAGGAACUGCUGAGCAGCAGGGACUGUCAUCCUGCCCUACCGCUCCCCCCGGGUUUCCAUCCCCACCCUGGGCCCAACUACCCACCCUUUUUGCCUGACCAGAUGCAGCCACAGGUGCCACCGCUCCAUUACCAAGGUCAGUCCCGGGGAUUCAUAGUUUGGGCUGGGGAGCCCUGCGAGUGCCCGCCCUCCCGGGCUCAGGGGAUGAUGCUGACCCCACCUUCUUCACCCCUAGAGCUCAUGCCACCUGGUUCCUGCAUGCCGGAGGAGCAGAAACCAAAGAGGGGGAGAAGGUCGUGGCCGCGGAAAAGGACAGCCACUCACACUUGUGACUAUGCGGGCUGCGGCAAAACCUACACGAAGAGUUCUCAUCUCAAGGCACACCUGCGAACCCACACAGGUGAGAAGCCUUACCACUGUGACUGGGAUGGCUGCGGGUGGAAAUUUGCCCGCUCUGACGAACUGACCAGGCAUUACCGGAAACACACCGGGCACCGCCCCUUUCAGUGCCAGAAGUGCGACCGGGCCUUCUCCAGGUCGGACCACCUCGCCUUACACAUGAAGAGGCACUUUUAAAUCCCAAGACAGUGGCUAUGACCCACACUGCCAAGAAGAGAAUUCAGUAUUUUUUACUUUUCACACUGUCUUCCCCGGGGAGGGGAGGAACCCAGCUGGAGAGCACUACAAUCAUGGUCAAGUUCCCAACAAGCCAACUUGUGAAUGGAUAAUCAGGAGACACAAGGAAACCAGAAGACAAAUCAAAGAACAGAUGGGGUCUGUGACUGGAUCUUCUAUCAUUCCAAUUCUCAGUCCAACUUGAAUAUUCCUGGACUUACAAAACACCAAGGGGGUGACUGGAAGGUGUGGAUAUCAGGGUAUAAAUUAGAUCCAUGAGUUGGGGGGAGGGAAGACCAGAAUUCCCUUGAAUUGUGUUCGAUGCAAUAUAAGUGUAAAGAUCA